UCGCGCCUCUCUGCUUCCCAGCAGGAACGUCACGUGACUCAGCGGGAGGAGAACCUCCUGACUCCCGCACCUCCUCCGCUUCCCGUCAGCUCCUCUCGCCUCUCCGUUAGCAGCAGGAACAUGGCGGACACAGCCCGGGACCCUCCGCCGGACCGGACCGACUUCCAUGAGGUGGAGGACGGAGAGGACCUGUUCCCGGAGCCGAGCGCCGCCCCGGAGUCCCAACCAGCCAGCCUGUCUGCUGUGGACAUCAGCACCAACUCAAAUGGACCCAAACAGGACUCGUUUUUCGAUGACGACAACGAGGAUCUGUUCGCAGAAGCAACAGAGGAGGUGUCGUUGGACAGUCCGGAGAGGGACGUCCUGCUGUCCGACGGCCCGUCCCCCGCCAUCACCCCCAUCACUCCGCCCACCUCCGUCAUCACUCCUCGCAUCGGCCACCAACACGACGACAUGUUCACGCACUCCUCGUUUGACGAAAUCGAGGAAGAGGAAGGUGGAGAUUCUUUCGACAUAAACAUUUCAGUGUCGGAUCCUGAGAAAAUCGGUGACGGGAUGAACGCAUACAUGGCCUACAAGGUGACAACAAAGACCUCCAUGUCUCUGUUUAAGCAGAGGGACUUCUCAGUAAAAAGGCGCUUCAGUGAUUUCCUGGGUCUGCACGGUAAACUGGCCUCCAAGUACCUGCACAUAGGCUACAUCGUUCCCCCUGCUCCAGAGAAAAGCAUUGUGGGGAUGACCAAAGUGAAGGUUGGGAAGGAGGAUCAGUCAUCCAACGAGUUUGUGGAGAAGAGGAGGUCCGCAUUAGAGAGGUACCUGAUGAGAACAGUCAAGCAUCCCAUUCUGCUGAAGGAUCCUGACGUCCUGCAGUUCCUGGAGAGCACCGAGCUGCCGCGGGCCGUCAACACUCAGGCCCUGAGCAGCGCCGGGAUCCUACGGAUGGUCAACAAAGCCGCCGACGCCGUCAACAAGAUGACCAUCAAGAUGAACGAGUCAGACGCCUGGUUCGAGGAGAAGCAGCAGCACUUUGAGAACCUGGACGUCCAGCUGAAGAAGCUCCACGCCAGCGUGGAGUCUUUGGUCUGCCACAGGAAAGAGCUGUCCGUAAACACGGCGCAGUUCGCCAAGUCGGCGGCCAUGUUGGGGAACAGCGAGGACCACACGGCUCUGUCCCGAGCUCUGUCCCAGCUGGCCGAGGUGGAGGAGAAGAUCGACCAGCUGCACCAGGACCAGGCCAACGCCGACCUGUACCUCUUCUCUGAGUUACUGGGAGACUACGUCCGGCUGAUCAGCGCCGUCAAGGGAGUCUUCGACCAGCGCAUGAAGACCUGGCAGAAGUGGCAGGACAGCCAGAUGCUGCUGCAGAAGAAACGAGAAGCUGAAGCCAAGCUGCAGUUCACCAACAAACCCGACAAGCUGCAGCAGGCCAAGGACGAGAUCAAGGAGGAGAUUGAGGAGCUGGAGGGAAAAGUCCAGCAGGGUGAGAGAGACUUCGAGCAAAUCUCCAAAACCAUCCGCAGAGAAGUGAGCAGGUUCGAGAAAGAGAGAGUAAAGGAUUUUAAAAUGAUCAUUGUUAAAUACCUGGAGUCGCUGGUACAAACACAACAGCAGCUCAUUAAAUACUGGGAAGCCUUCCUACCCGAAGCCAAGGCCAUCUCAUAGAGCCCAGUCACCCCGACAGAGGGACAGACUACACUACCCAUGAUGCACCUCUCCUCCCCCUCCUCUUGUUUGACAUGGAAGCAAAGAUGAGGAGUGAGACAGAUAAUCCAAGUGUCUGUAAUUUAAAAAAAAAAAAAAAAACAGAGUUGACAGUUUUUUUGUUUUGAAUCUGAACUGGUUGAUUUUAAAUCUCAAAUUAUGAUUCAGGAAACAAAAACAAGUUUAUGUAAAACCUGAAAUAAAUUCAGACAGUGAAUGCAGCACGAGUUUACAGCGCCGAAGACAGCUUUAAUCUCACACUCAUCCAAAGUUUUUCAGUGGUGUCUUCCAUCGUCAGGCAUCCAGACAUCUGCAUAAAACGCAAACAAGUGUCGGGUAAAUAAAUGGUUUAUUGGGAGUAUGGAAGCUCGUUGUUGCCUUAAAUAGUAGAAAAAUGAUUGAAAGUGGAAAUGAGAACAGAGAAUAAACAAAUUCAAAAUGUAGACUCAUGUUGUUUUUUCACCACAAAUUUAGGUGUUUUGCUAAUAUUUCACAAGUACUAAAAAAUCAACAAAGCAUUAUUUUUAGGUUAAGCAAAAAAUAAUUUCAUUUUCACAGUUUUUUUUUUCUUUGUCCCGUGAAUAAAAAGUCAGGCCACAUAUUCACACUUAUUAAAAUUAAAUGAAACAUGCCUGAAAUACAUAUCAGGUCUCAUUGUUUAUUUUCUAAAUUAAAGUUAAAUACGUUAAUAAACUAAUGAACAGAUUGUAUAAGUGGUAUAUUUAAUGUUAAUAGCUUCUCUAUUUCAGGUUAGUGAUUAAAAAUUAAUUUCAAAACCACAUAAGAUUUUCCCAUUGAUGGCCGUGCAAGUAAGUCAGCUCAGUAAGUGUUUCACUUCAUUUUAAAAUCAUAAUAAAAAUCAUAAUAAACAUCUUUGUUUCUGCUUCUCUUUGGCAACAAGGAGCUUCCAUAGUUAAUGUGAAAUACUACAUUACCCAUGAGCCUCGUCAGCAGAUUAAAAAAGUGGUUUGAUUCAGGAUUUUCUGUCCAGAAAGCUGCACAAUCUUUAAACUUCAAUGCAACAUUCCCUGCCUAGCAACUGAGUUGAAGUGCCCUCUGAUUGGUUGAUUACUUUUAUUUUUACUUUUUUGUUGUUUUAGUGAGCAUAGUUACUCAGGAAGACCCUGAAGGACAUGCAGAGCCCACCUUCUCUUUCCACUUUUAUUCGCUGUAUACUUUCAUCUCAUGAACAUUGAAUGUUUUUCCACCCACACUCGCCAGAGGGAAAAUUACAGCUUCUUCUGUCAUUUGUGUGGUCAGAACUUUGAUUUCCUGUUUACUGUUCAACAGCCACUACUUCCUGUCACGCCUUUCAUAAUAAGAGCCCCUGUUUUUGUUGCUGUAUGAUCGAAAGUGAAGGCAACGUUUUUGUUUGAGCCGCGCUUUGGAAGAAUCUCUCGUUCUGGUUCUGUUCACUGCAGAUUUCAUUUAGAAAAAUGCUAAAUUCAGACUAGAAAUUAAUUAAAUAACUGCUAAUAAUGACUUAACUGUGUAAAAUGGUAAGUAAGCACUCUUUAUCAUAAAUAAGCAUUCUGUGAAUUAUGUUUUUAAAGGAUUUUACUGCAUCUAAGAAACUAACAGAUGUGCAGGCAGAGAUAAAAACGCAACCAGGUGAGAUUGGGAUAAAAACCAGAUUUCUGUUAAAUCAUGCUGUGUUUUUUGUAUAAUCUUGAAAAAAUUACUUGCAGACUGAACAGAACCAGUUUUAGGCUCUUCCUAUAAAUGAAUCCCAAAAUAAGGAUGAUGCUGUGAGUGGGUAUUCCCCUGUUAUUCCCAUUUUUCCUGUUAAUUUCCCUGUUUUCCCUGCUUAUUUCUGUGGUAUUCCUGUUGUAUUCCCUAAAAGUGGCUGAACGUUCGUCCCUCCCAGCCUCAGAGCCUGAGGACGUUGAGUUUUUUUCUAUGACUGUUUAUCUGUCUGUGAAUCAAUGUGAAAGCUGCAGUUUUACAAGUUUUGUAGCAAAUCCUGCAGUGUGUUUGAUUUUGAUUAAUUUUAAAGCACAUUGCAUAAAACGUCCUGUAUCUGUGAAAGAUACCUUGAAGUAUGUUCAUCUCUAAUUGAUUUUAAAGAAAAACUGGAAGUAUUUUUGAUUUAUUUAAUUUCAUCUUCAGCAUAUUUCCAGCUAUGCUCAGCUCCAUCUUAAAUCUAAUUAUUAUUUGCUUUGAUUUUCUUUUAUUAUUUUCAAUCUUUUUUUCACAUUCUUACCAAUGAUUGAUGUGCAAUGUUGGAUGUUUUAGUUGAUUUUGGUUUUUAUAUUUUCAAAGAUGAAGUUGUUGAUUUGUUUGGAAAUCUUUUGAUGUGACGAUCCUGCAGUGCAGCCGAGCUGAUGAUUGAAUUCUUUAAUAACAAUAAAGAAUGUAUCUCAUCCUUUA